AUGUUCUCCUUCGGCGCAGCAUCUACCCCUGCCUUUGGCGCCGCCAGCAGCGCCGCUGCCCCGGCCUUUGGCCAGGCGGCUCCCGCCUUUGGGGCGGCGCCAUCACCCUUUGGGGGCGGCGUGGCGACACCCGCAUUUGGCGCCUCAUCCGCCAGCCUGUUUGGCGCCACCCCCGCCCCCAGCCUGUUUGGCGGAGGCCCCACCUCCGCCUUUGGAUUCCAGAGCAGCGCAGCAGGCGCGUCGCCCUCGCUGUUUGGCGCCGCGGCGCCUACGGUGGGCGCGCCCUCCCAGCAGGUCACCGCUCUUACCACCAAGGACAACCGCCCCAUCACCCACAGCAGCAAGUGGGACGACCUCAGCCCCCAGACGCAGCAGUACCUGACGGAGCUGGAGAAGGUUGUUGUGCAGUACCGUGAAGACUGCCGCCAGCUGGACAACGACCCACGCCUGGCCAGCGGCAGUGGUGCCAAGGAGCAGCAGGAGGCGAUGCAGGCGCAGGCCAGGUCGCUCAGCCAGGCCAUCUCGGCGCUGGGCAGCGCGGUCAAGGCGGAUGUGGAGCAGGUGGGGGCGCUGCGCGAGGCGGUGCUGUAUCUGGUGCGAUCCACAGACACCGCGCUGCACACGUUCAAGCGCGCCCAUGCAUGGCGCGAGGCUUCAAAGGCCUCGGCACCGCUGGCCUCCCAGGACAUUGCGGGGCCGCCAGUGCUGCCCGCCCAGUUUUUACGGGAGGCAGUUGCCAUGUUCCUAGACCGCCUGAAGCAGCACCAGGCCGCAGUGGCGGAGCUGGAGCAAGUGCUGCUGGCCAGCGGCGCUACGGGCCAGAUGCUGCGGCGCGCCAGCGGCGGCAAUGGCAGCCACCCCGCCGACGGGCUGGCGGCACUGCAGGCGGCACUGACCAACGUUCACGACUUCCUCAUCCACACAGCGGCCCGCCUGCAGGCGCUGGAUGAUCGUGUGGCGGCGGCCCGCGAGGCCUUCCUGGCCCGCCGGCGGGCUGCGGGCGACAGCAGCGACCCGUUUGCUGAGGAGGAGCGGCGGCAGCACAAGCGCAGCGCGCACCAGCCGCGCAGCCCCGCCGCACAGGCGGCUGCACUGCAGGCCGCGCAGCAGCCGCAUGCGGCGCAGCAGCCACCAGGCACGGGAUAUACCACCACCACAUUUGGCAUGUCGCCUGCCCCUGCGUCCCACGCCGCUUCCCCGGGUGGGCUGUUUGGAACGUUGCAGCCCUCGCCUGGCGGCGCCUUUGGCACGCCGCUUAACUUUGGGGAUGCGCAGCAGCAGCGCUCCGCUCCCACCUCGCGGAAGCCCAGCUCGCGGCGGCGGUAGCCCUGCCUGGUCGCGGACGCUGCAUCAUGGCACCAGGCUUGCAUUGGUUGCCAACCGAUAAACUCACUGCGUCAAUCUGACUGUGACAGGCAACAGGCCUUGUAACCUUGGAGCGUC